AAUGAUUAGCUGAUUACUCAUACCUUGACAUAUCAGGAGAGCAGAAUGAAGUUUGCUGCAGAGAUGACCAACAAAGCCGUCUUGGUAUUUUUAUCGCUAGCGUGCAGUUUGGCGCAACUGUCCACCAGCCGCGCCGAAUGCCAGAAUUCCUUAGGAAACUACUACCACCCGGAUUACUACUUCAUUCCGGUGCCUAAAUUCAACUACGAUCGACCGAAGGAAAUUAGGAAACCGUUGCAUUACAACUACCAGCCGGUCAUGUACGACGCUAUUCACACCAGCAUCGAAGAAUCGCUGAAAGAUUUGAAGCUAGAAGAGAAACCUCUAUUGCAAGAGGAGAAAAAAGAGCCCGAAACGAAGAAAGGCGAGAUUAAAUACGUAAUGGAAAUGGAGAAGCCGGAGGAUUUGUCGUUGAAAGAUUUCUUGACGAGCGAUUUCGAGAAAUUUAAGCAAGAAAUUACCGGUAAGAAAGUAGAAGAAACGGAAGAAAAGCCGGAGAUAGCAUUAGAGAAGAAAAUCUUGGAAUUACCUGAAAUCGAGCAAAAAAUAAGCAAAGGGAAUGAGAAAGAUGAAGAAGAGGAUUCAGGAGAAGGCGAGAAUGAUGAACAAAAUCACCACCACCACCACGAUAAAAAUGCGCAUUACAAGUUCGAGUACGCGGUGAACGAUAAGAAGACGAAAGACAUCAAGCACCAGAAGGAGGAGCUGCGCGGCGACAAAAUCGAAGGUGAAUAUUCGCUGGUUGAGGACGAUGGAAACGUUAGAACCGUGAAAUACACGGCCGAUUGGAAGAACGGCUUCCGAGCCCAAGUGCUCAAUUCCAAAAGGAACAGUUACUAGUCUAAGUAACGUAGGUACCGUUGGAAUUUAAGCUAAUAGUGAAAGGAAUUAAAUUGUAAUUAAUUAACGCAACCGACUGAAUAUGUAUCUCUAUAUUACUG